GAUUAUAUUUUUUCUUGGACAGUUAAUAAUGUCGUAAAAACCGCUGAAGAAUGUUUGCGAAAUUAUUUGGGACAAUUAAAGUCAUAACAACAUGGAAAUACAAUAAUUUCGUAUUUAAAGCGCCUUUUUUAAAGCAAGUUUUUUCCUGUUAAGUUAGCCUUGCUCGUGUUCAAAAAUUGUAUCAAGGUGAUUUUCUACGCAGGCGCAUUGAAGCAAAUCGAAUACACAAUUCAUGUUUUGUCACGUGAGGGUAUAAAUAGCUAGAAAGUUGUCUGACUGACAUCAUUCGGAAUAUUCGUAAACAAGAAGUGUUAUGGUUUCAAAAUGGCCGCUUUCUUCAAGUACAUCUGCCGGUUCGAGAACUGUCAGAAGAAAUUCAGUACGCUAUUCGACCUCAUCGACCAUAUAGAAUACAAUCACAUUAUAAGAGACCCUACAGUAUUAAAACAACAAGAACUUUCACAGCCACCGGCUAUUGCAUUGAGUUACGUAAAUUGCUUUUUCUCGGAACAUUUCAGAAAAGAAAGACCUGGUGUUGAUAUCACUCACGUCGGAUUAAAAAAGUAUGCCGACCCUGAUAAGAAGUUAUAUAGUAAAAACGACAGUUUAAAUGAUAGCUUUGAUAGUCUUCUUGACGAUGAUACAUUUUCUGAUGCUGGCAGUGAUGACUCCUGUCAAUCUUGGGCAACAAGUGUUAGUAGUAAUACUGGUCUCAACCAUCACGACCAAACCAGUUCUUUAGUACCGCCAGUAAGCAAUUAUACACAUACUCCUGCUACAAUAACCACUGAAAGUCUUCAAGGUAAAUUUACAUGCCUGGAAGACAGUGAAGGAAAGAAAAAGUUUUUAUGUACAGUCCCAGGUUGUACGAAAAAAUAUAAAAAUAUUAAUGGUAUCAAGUAUCAUGUUAAAAAUGGACAUACCAAAAAAGAUAGUAUUAGUGGUGAAAUAAAAAAGAACUAUCUUUGUCACUGUGGAAAAGCCUAUAAGAGUCAAAGUGGCUUAAGACACCAUCAAAAUACCCAACAUGGAAUUUCAGCCAACUCUGGCAACAAAGUUUCUUCUUAUACGCCAAUACAUUAUGAUGUUAGGAUGGAUAAUAAUUUUAAGCAACCUCAAGUAAAACAAAUGUUAUCUCUGCCACCAGUUGAAGAGAUGUAUCAGCCCCAAACUCCACUAUCGCCCUCAGGAAUUGUUACAUAAUGGCUUUGUUUUUGUAUAAUUUGUAAAUAUCUUAAUUUAUUGCUUAUAUUAUUCUUAUUUGCCACAGUGUGGUAUUGUUAAUACAAUAUUGUUUCUUGUACAUGAAUUAAGGCAGGCACAGUAUUUUUAAGGUAAAACUUCUCACAAAACUAAGGAAGUGCUUGUGCAAUUUCGUUUUAUGGAAUUUUUGUUUUCUUGCAGGCAAUUUUUUUAAAAAUAUUUAAUGUUUUUGAGUUUAUCAUUUUGAGAAUAUUUUUUGCUCACAUUAAGUGUGAUGAAAUUUUAUGCAGAAGAGGAGUUCAUAUUUAACCAUUGAGCACUCACUGGGUUACAGCAGAAAGCCAUAGUUACAACAGGUUUUUGUAUACAGUAGUUUGAAUGCUUCUAUUUUAAAGCUUAUAUUCACUGCAUGAAUUAUUAAAAAAAAUUGGUCAGUAGGGGAGUUAAGAGUUUAAUGCACUUAAUAUCUUUUGAAUGCACAUUCUGAAUUAUCAUGGGUUGAACCUCUCCCUCUUUGAAUAAGUUUGCAUAAUUCAGAGAUUGCCAGCUUUUAUUUCGCAAGGGCUUUUUCUGUUGCUACAGUUUCUGCACUAGUAAUUUUUACAUGGGACUAUGCUUCAGCUAUGCCUGUCCUUCUUUUCAGUUUUGUUUUUGUAUAUAAAUGAAUUGUUUAUAUUCAAUGUAAAUUAUUGAAUUAAAUGUUUUAUCUGGACAAGAAAAUUUAAUAUGAACUUUUAAAGAAACCUUAGUAGUAUUAAAAAAAUCAGUAUAAACUGAUGUAUGUGAAUAUAAACCUAUUUUUUAAAAAGCAGGUUUCUUGGGAACAUAUUUUUAAAUUUUCUGCAAGAGUAUAUAUAUCUUUAUUUUGUUAAAAUACUUGUAUAUAAUUUGUCAACAACUGUUAAUUAUUAGUAGGGUGCUGUUAGUCAACAAGUUCUUAAAACAGUACGGGAAUAUGCGAUUGCCAAACAAAGUAGCUUUCUAAUGAAACAACAGCCGUACAUUUCCCUGUUUUUUUAAGGGUAAAAGCACUAUUGAUUAACUGGAAUCAUGUCAGACCACUGCUUUUUGUUUCAGCAUGAUUAUGAGCACGUUAUUAUCUGUUCAGGAGUUUUUUUUUAACAAAAAUUGUUUAUGUUUUUAUUUAGUGUAAUGGAACAUUUAUUUAAACCAAUAAUUUUCACACAUUCUAUAAUUUAUGUGCAUAUUUAUUGAUACUAUUAUUGCUAUUAUAUAUAUAAUAUAAAUAUAUUUUUGAAAAUCUUGUUUGCUCUAAUGCUCUAAUAAAGCUCUUAGGGAAACAACUUUUCUUAAUUCUUCAAAAAAUUUUAGCACAAAAUCCAUCUCCUCUUUGGAAUUUCGAUAUGUUAUGGAUACACUUCUUAUGUAACUUUUUUUGGUUAAUUUAUUAAAUUUGAAUGACUGAAAAUUUUAGCAGAAUUAAUUAUGUGGUUUCAAAAAUUUUGGUCAAAUAAAUAGAAAAGUGCGUUAAAUAUAAGGAUAAACUUAAGGAUAAAAUUAAGAACACUUCAGGCUGAAGUUAAAGUUUUUAUAAGAUGUAUGUUGUCUUUUUAUGCUAUGCUCAACAUUUUCUGGAUUCAAAAAGGAAGGGAAUAUGUCAAUGUUAUCUGAAAAGAAUUUCAUUUCAAAUAAUCUUUUUUAUAUGACGGAGAAUUGGAAUAGCCUUUUUUUAUCAGUCAGAUUUAUGCGUUUAUAGUCAUGCAUCAGUAAACAAUUUUUUUUUCUUUUACAGUUUUAAAGGAAGACUACUCUUUUUGAUAUUUUCGUCGGAAAUGUUACUUGCUUUCUUAAUUUAUUUUUUUUUAAAGCUAGUAAAUAAAUAAAUGAAUAAAUAAGAGUCACAA